CCAUGCAGGUCGCUCAGCGCGCAGCGGGCCAGGCGCCCCCAGUCAAGAUAUACAACGCCGUCUACUCGUCUGUGCAGGUGUACGAAUGCAUGGUCAGAGGUAUCGCGGUCAUGCGCAGGCGGACGGAUUCCUAUGUUAAUGCCACGCAAAUCCUCAAAGUUGCUGGCGUUGAGAAGGGGCGGCGGACGAAAAUACUGGAGAAGGAGAUAUUACCUGGGAAACACGAGAUUGUUCAAGGAGGGUAUGGCAAAUACCAAGGCACAUGGAUACCCCUCGAACGGGGUAGGGAUAUCGCCAGACAGUAUGGCGUUGCCCCUCUCUUGGCCCCGUUGUUUGAUUUUACGCCAAUGGUCAACAACCAGAAUGGCCUCCCAAAUCCUCUUCAGGGCGUCCAGCAUGCAACACAAGCACGACCCUUAUCCGCGUCCCCCUCGCUCUCGGGUAUGCCAACUUCGGGCGGCUUCCAGCUGCCUUCCACACUAGCACCCCCGCCAAUUCUUCCUGGCUCAGCACUCCGACUUCUCCAUCAAGGGAGAGCGCAGGGACUCUUUACUCCCUCAACAUCUGGUCUGUCUGGCUCUCGGUCUAAUAUGUAUCAGUCACCCGGCGGAAGUUUACACCAAAUCCCCGGUUCGCCAUUUUCUGGAAUGCAAUCGCCCACGCCGCCGCCUAGCCAGCAGUCAUUGAAGCGCACCUUCUCGGAUAUGGAUACAACAUCAACUAGCCGGCCGUCAUCACAGCCAACAUCAGGCAACUCAAUGCAGCCGCCACAGUCAACCUUGGAGCCUUCACCCGACAUCCAGAUGGCCGAUGUAUCGCGACCACAGUCCGCGACCUCCCAGCGCGAUGCAGAAGAUGGCCCCUCUCCCACGAAACGGCUUCGCCAGGAGCCGACUCCGCCGCCCUCGCAAGACGCGCUCCCGCGCGGACAGGCGCAGAACGGCAUACCCCAGCGACCGGCGUCGCGUCUGGGCGGCCCACCGAUCACUAACGGCGUUUCACGACCUUCUGCCCCUGCUACCAACGGCAAGGGCCCCGCAGGGCCUUCGAGUCUUAGGGGCCCUCGGUUCGCUACCAAACCUUCCAUCCCACGGGGCAUGGACCCGAUGCUACCUCUCAAGGACGACCGGCGCAUCGCCAUCAUCGCCAGCAUCUGCCAGGCGGACGACCCGCUCCCGGUGAUCGAGGGCCUGCACGACAUCGCGCCGGACGACCCCGCGCUCUCCUUCGACGCGGACCUCGUGCUGGACGACCAGGGGCACACCGCGCUGCACCUCGCCGCGAGCAUGGCGCGGCUGCACACCGUCGCGGCGCUGCUGCAGGCGGGCGCGGACGUGCACCGCGGGAACUACAACGGCGAGACGCCGCUCGUGCGCGCGUGCCUCGCGACGCACUGCGCGGACGCGCAGUGCUUCCCCGCGCUCGUCGAGGCGCUGCACGCGUCGAUACACACGCUCGACACGGCGCGCAAGAGCGUGCUGCAUCAUAUUGUCGCGCUCGCGGGUGUCAAAGGGCGGACGAUGGUCGCAAGAUAUUAUUUGGACCAGAUAUUUUAUUGGAUUGUGCAGCAUGAGAAUGGCGACUUUAGGUCGAUCGUGGACUUGCAGGAUGAGCAUGGGGAUACGGCGCUGAAUAUUGCCGCCAGGGUGGGCAAUCGGAGUUUGGUCAGGACGUUCUUGGACGUUAGGGCCAACCGAAUAUUGCCGAAUAAGCUAGGCCUCCGGCCAGGUGAUUUCGGUGUAGAGGUCGAGGAAUUGGCGGGUCCUCCCCGAGCAGACGACAUAUUGUCAUCAUUACGAUCUGGUCCAACACCGCCCGUGCAGAAGAGUCAAGAUAUUAUAAACGACAUGACGACUAUGAUCCAAGGCUUGAGUAAGGACUUCUCAGCGGAGAUCAAGACCAAGCAAGACGCGCUUGACGUCACUCAAAUCCACCUCAAGGCCGCGACUCGCGAGUUGUCCGACCAGCGGAGACAAAUUCAAGAAUGGCAGAAGAAACUCGGCGAGCUCGAGCAGAUCGGCCACAGGACGAGAAAUCUGCAGCGAGCCAUCGCAGAAGAGGACAAGUUCGACUAUACCGGCCGGACGGAUUUGCAGGGCAAGGAUGCCCGGGCCACGGCAGGCCCUGCCUUCCAGUGGCGAGGACAUAAUUCGACUAUGGCUGCAUUGGGCGGCACGGUGGAUCUGGGAUUCAACCUCGACGCGGAGCCUGCGAUACCGCUGUCUGAUAGCCCGGCAAGCUUGGUACGGUUACGGCGGCUCAAAAUGUGGCACGAGCGGAUUGAGAAGCUGCUGGAAGAGCGGCUCAGCUCGCUGCGUGGUGCCAGCGCGGAGAAGACGUUCCAGUAUAAGAAGGUUGUCGCGUUGUGUACAGGUAUACCCAUCGAUCGUGUGGAGAGUUUGCUGGAUGACCUGUUAGUUGCCGUCGAGAGUGAAUCACAAAUUGUAGAUAUUGGGAGGGUCUCUGGGUUCAUGCAGAAGGUUCGGGAUGGUAUAAUUUAACCGUGUAAACGAUACCCUUCCAUCUUGCUUUCGUCGUGUCUUAUGAGCUAUUUACUCCGCACAUCCACGCCAUUUGUAUUACACACAGCAUCAAUUUAUAAUGAAGCCCUAGCUUAGAACAUCCUCUGGAGCAAAUAGCUGGAAAUUACGGUUAUACGUCCCAGACACAAGGUACUUCGAGUCCCUCG